CUAUACCUCGAUCGAUCAAAGACGAGCAGUGGCGGAAUACAAAAUGUGCGAGGGCGGACGGCCGGAAGCAUCCAUGGCCUCGUGCCGGCGCGCGGCGGGGCAGAGCCUCGCGGAAGAAGAAGAGGCCGCGGGCGGAGGAGGAGGAGCGGAGGGGAUGCGGAUCCGGAGGCCGAGGGGAUGGACGGCCGUCGCCUUCAUCAUCGUGCAGGUUUCUUCGCGGCAGCUUCUAUGGCGACCAACUCGUUCGUCACGCCCCUCACGAAUUACCUGAUCAACCGCUACAACAUGGAGGAGAAUGCCGCAACAAACGUGAACAACGUCUUCAGUGGCAUGUUCAGUUUCGCGCCCGUGGUCGGAGCCUUCGUCGCUGAUGCAUUCUGGGGCAGAUUCAGAACCAUGCUGCUCGGAUCUGUAGUCGGGGUUAUCGGAAUGGUUAUCAUCACCCUCUCGGCGACAAUCCGUCAGCUCACACCGCCGUCGUGCAGCGCCGCCGCCCGGCAAGCCGGCACGUGCGCCGGCCCGUCGGCCCUCCACCGCGCCGUGCUCUACGUUGAAAUGGGCCUGCUCGUGGUAUCCGCCGCCGGCCUGAACCCGACCGCCCUGCCCUUCGGCGCGGACCAGUUCGACGAGACCAACGAGCGCCACAAGGCCGGGGUCACGCGCUACUUCAACUGGUACUACGCCAGCUCGAUGAUGGCCACGUUCCUGGCGCUCACGGUCAUCGUCUACGUCCAGGACAAGGUGAGCUGGGGCCUCAGCUUCGCCAUCCCCACGGCGCUCACGGUCGUCGCCUUCGCCAUCUUCCUCCUCGGCACCACGGUCUACGUCUACGUGCCGCCGGAAGGCAGCAUCUUCUCGAGCGUCGCGCGGGUGGCCGUCGCGUCGUGCCGCAAGUGGAGGCUCCGGCUGCCGCACCCCGACGACGCUCGGCGGCAGGAGGGGGUCCUGUACAACCCUGAUCCCGCGGCGGCCGCCAACGGGCGCCGCCGCGUGUUCAGGCUCCCCCUCACGUUGCAGCUCAGCUUCCUGAACAAGGCGGCCAUCGUGACCGACGCCGCCGGCGAGGUGCGACCCGACGGCUCCCCGGCGAGGCCGUGGAACCUGUGCAGCGUGCAGCAGGUGGAGGAGGUGAAGUUCCUCGUCAAGAUCAUCCCGCUGUGGGUCUCCGGCGUGGUGUGGUUCAUCGUCCUGACGGAGAUGAUCAACUACACGUUGAUCCAGGCUAUGACCAUGGACCUCCGCAUGGGCAGCCGCUUCACCAUCCCGGUAGUGUCGAUCCUCGCCGUGUUCUACCUCUCCGUGGCGCUCUUCGCGCCCGUCUUCGACCUGCUCGCCUCCAUCGCCGCGCGGUACCGCACCAAGGCGCCCCCCGGCGGUGGCGUCGGCGGGGGCAUCACUUUGCUCCAGAGGCAGGGAGCCGGCCUGGUGAUCGGCGCGCUGGCGUUCGUGGUCGCCGCCUCCGUGGAGGUGGAGCGCAGGCGGAGGGGAUCCGCGCUGGGCCACGGCGGCGGCAGGUCCCCGCUGUCUGUGUUCCUCCUGGCGCCGCAGCUCGCCAUGAUGGGCGCGUCGGGCGCGCUCAGCAUGGUGGGGCAGAUGGAGUUCUACAACACCGAGUUCCCGGACCAGAUGCGCACGCUGGCAAACGCGGCGUUCUACUGCGCGCAGGGCGCCGCCAGCUACCUGGCCACCCUCGUGGUCAGCAUCGUGAACGCGAGGACGCGGCGGCGCGGCGGGUCCGCCGCGGGCUGGGUCAGCGACGACAUCAACGCCGGGAGGCUCGACUACUUCUACUACACCAUGGCCGUGCUCGGCGCGGCCAACUUCGCCUACUUCCUCGUGUGCUCGCACUUCUACCGGUACAAGGGCGAGCAGGCUGCUGACUCUGCCGGACCUGAACUUCCAUCUGACAGUGACAGUGCUUGCACAAUCGGCACCGAGGCCGUGCUCCUAAAGACGUAGCUACUAGAUGGCCGCUGUAUGUAACAAUAGUUCAGUAUUUGAAUGUUGAAUCAUUCCUGAUGCUCUAGUAAGAUUUUUGCCCCAGAACUAAUGAAU